CCUUAUAAAGUCACUCACGUCUGACAGCAGAUUCUUUCUUGUCCAAGAUGAUCGACGCUUGGUUGCCGUCCACGUUGUUCGUCCUGUCAGCCGUCUUCGUACUUGUUGCUGUCCUGUAUGGCUUUCAUCCUCUCAAGCGAUGGCAAUUGAGAAGGAUCCCAGGGCCGACACCGCAAUGGUAUGCUGGAAACCUGCUGGAGAUCAUGCGUCAGUCAAGCUACCAUUACUACAUCCGCAAUGCACGGAAGUAUGGCAAGGUCUUCAAGGUGUGGUUCGGCGCUACGCCAGUCAUCGUGGUGACUGAUCCUGACCUGGGUCGUGCCGUGAAUCUGCGCAACCCCAACCGACACACAGCCAUGGGCCCAGUCGCGGUCAUGUCCCCCAAGGAUCGCAUCUUUGACAGCGAGGGCAUCCUACUCACUAAAGACCGUGCCUACCACCGGAGCCUGCGCAAUGCGUGGCAGCCGGCGUUCUUCAGCGAGAGCCUGAACGGCUACGCGAAUUUGAUGAACAGCGGUGCUGAUCGCCUGAUCAAGCGGCUGGGCAAGGCUGCAGCCAAGGGGCAGGAGGUCAACAUCUGGCGCAUGCUGGGAGACCUGACAAUGGAUGUUGUGGGCACUGCCAGCUUUGGGGUGGAGUUCAAGACGCAGGAGGAUGAUGACGAGGACCCUGCCUCCAGCAAGGACUCCAGGGAGCUCGUCAUGGCUGCCCAAACCAUCUUCCAGAUGGGCGGUGCUGGAGGCAGCCUAUAUGUACCUAUUGUGGUCCUGUGUCCUGCGCUGCUGCCCUUGGUCCGACUUGUUGCUGGAGCUUUCCCUGAUGCACGCAUCAAGACGCUUGUGAAGGCGCGGACAAAGCUGCAGCAGACAUGCUUGAAGUUGCUGCAGCAGGCCAGAGAGCGCAUUGCAGCUGAAGCCAGCGGCAAGGCUGCCAAGCCAGAGAGGGGUUUGGCACCAGGCAGCUUCAUGCAGCACAUGGCCAUUGCAAAGCACCACGCUGGUGUGAAGAAUGGCAGCCCCUUCACUGACACCGAGAUUGUUCAGCAGGAGGUGGAUGCGUUCGGGAGGGACAGAGUGGCACAGAACAGCGACUUGGAGGGGCUUCCAUACGUGCAGGCAGUUUUCAAGGAGGCGCUGCGGCUGUUUCCUCCGGGCCACCUCAGCAUCCGUGAAGCUGUCGAGGACCUCAACCUCAAUGGGUUCCUUGUCGAGAAGGGCUCUUGGGUCCACGUGUCGCUGUGUGGCAUUCACCGGGACCCUGAUGUGUGGGACAAGCCGGAUGAGUUUGUGCCGGAGCGGUGGGUGCCGGGCGCCCCAGAGGAGGCCACAGAGGCCCAGAAGAGGGCGUGGAUGCCCUUUGGCGACGGCAUCCGUGCAUGCGUGGGGAAGCGCUUUGCUUGGGAGGAGGCGCUCAUUGCGCUCUUGCGCAUCUACCAGAGGUUUGAGUUCAAGCUGUCUCCAGGACAGGUGCCGCUGGAGGUCCGCUCGCCCUUCACUCUCGGCCCUGCUAAGGGCAUCUUUGUGACGCCCAUUCUGCGCGGGGAGGAGUGAUUUGCUGUAGAUCAUGGAUAAAGAAGCGCGUGCUCUCUGUUGCUUGCAUGUGUGCUGUUCUUCUUGUGAGGCUUGGGAAGAGUCUCUAUUGAACAUUCAUCGCUUGAAAACAGAAGGCCCCUUUUUUAGUUGGAACUGCAUUGCCUUGUUGCAAUAAGUUGCUGCAGGAUUGCUGCACCCAUUGUGUUCUAGACCUCAUACUUACCGGUAUCCAACUGUGUAGCGCUCUUGACUUGUUUUCCUUCAUGCUUCUGCAUGCAAGUUGUGUGCUUGUUCGGGUGCCUGCCUGUCAAGAUGUAUAUGCUUUUGCAUAUUUGGCAUUAUCUUUUCUUUGAUACCACGUGAGCACUCAGUGAUCAUUUCUGCACAUGCUCACAUGGUUGCAUGUGUGAAUCAUGCCUGUCUCAGAUGAAUAGGCAAUAUCUCUAU